AUGGAGCAGAACGUCCAACGCCUCUUGAACGAUAAGCUGUACGAUAAAAGAAAGGUCGGCGCCCUUGAGUUGGAACGAGUCAUACGUGAGCUCAGUGCCGCCAAAGACUAUCAGCGUGUCCAGGCAAUCCUCGAGCAACUCUGCAACGAGUAUGCCUAUGCCGUCCAUCAACCACAUGCGCGAAACGGCGGUCUUAUCGGCUUAGCCGCCGCCGCCAUUGCCCUUGGCCCAGAGUUGCCCAGAUAUCUCGAGGUAAUAGUGCCACCUGUACUAGCUUGUUUUACGGAUCAAGAUGCGCGGGUCCGAUAUUACGCGUGCGAGUCCAUGUACAACAUUGCCAAGGUUGCGAAGGGAGAGAUCCUCAAGUACUUUAAUUUCAUCUUUGAUGCCCUGUGCAAGCUAGGCGCAGACUCGGAGCUCUCCGUGAAGAAUGGCGCAGAACUGCUAGAUCGGCUGAUCAAAGAUAUCGUUUCCGAGUCUGCUGCUACUUACGUAUCAGUUCUCGAAAGUCUAGAGUAUAAUGACAAAGAGUCAGAUGCACUGGAAGACCAUGCAGAUCCUCCGACCGCCUUCUCUCUCCCACAGUUCAUCCCGCUCUUGAAGGAGCGUGUCUGGGUCAUCAACCCAUUCACGCGGACCUUCCUUGUUGGCUGGAUCACUCUGCUUGACUCCAUCCCGGACUUGGAGUUGGUCACCUAUCUACCCGAGUUCCUUGGAGGCUUGCUCAAGUUCCUCGGAGGCCAUAACCCGGACGUUCACGCAGCUACGCAGUCAUGUUUGAACAAGUUCCUGGACGAGAUCAAGCGCAUUGCUAGAGUCAAGAAGGGUAUUGCCGACAGCAAAAAGUCGCGGGCAGAUGGUAAACGCAAGCGGGAGGAGUCUGUGGACAGUGGUAGCGUACAAAUGGGUGGCGAUGACGAGGACGAUGCCGGGUCCAUGACAGCCGCUGAUGAUGACGAUGAUGAUGGCGAAGUCAGUAGUGAAGAUGAUUGGGUACCUGGCCAGGACGUACAGAUCAACUACAAGGCUAUACUCGAAAUCCUGACGGCAACGCUUGAUUCCCCGCUGGAAGAGGAUAGCCUUCAGGAAUCUCUCCGCUGGAUCAUUGCGUUCCUGGACAUUUGCCCAGAAGAGGUCCUGCCGUUCACCCCGAAAAUUCUGGCGCACCUGCUUCCGGCCAUGGCAAGCGGUGUUGAGCCCAUUCGCCAGGCAGCUGCCAGAGUCAACUCGUCGCUGAUGGAAUAUGUCGUAUCAUUGUCCGACGAGCCUGGUGUCAACCCGAACCAGCCGUCCACGCGCAUUCCCCCCUCUUUUGGCGUCGAGCGUCCAGAUGGCCCGUCCAGUACCCGUGCCUCCCUCUCGAGUUCGAGAGAACUGGACAUGCGAAGCCCUACACCUGCACAAAACAGGCGGACACCUACACCGGCGCCUACAGCUAGUCCACAGGCCGACCUGGAUUACGCUGCGGCUGUGAACUCGCUGACGUUACUUUUUCUUAAUGACCAUGAAGCUACACGUGUCGCUGCACUCACCUGGCUCAUCAUGUUACAUCGCAAAGCACCGCGGAAGAUUGUUGCUUUCAACGAUGGCACCUUUCCGGCUUUGUUAAAGACAUUGUCGGACCCUGCUGAGGCCGUGGUGACCAAGGACCUGCAAUUAUUGUCACAGAUUUCCCGAAAUAGCGAGGACGACUACUUCUCCAACUUCAUGGUCAGCCUUCUACAACUAUUUUCGACUGAUAGAAAACUUCUGGAAACCAGGGGCAACUUGAUUAUUCGACAAUUGUGCAUGUCGCUGAGCGCCGAGCGCAUAUAUCGCACCCUGGCCGAAUGUAUCGAAAAAGAGGAGGACCUUGAAUUUGCGAGCAUUAUGGUGCAAAACCUCAACAACAACCUCAUCACUGCCCCUGAGCUCGCAGACCUGAGGAAACGCCUACGAAACUUGGAGUCAAAGGACGGCCAGACCUUCUUCGUUGCGCUGUUUCGCUCCUGGUGUUACAACGCCGUCGCGACCUUUUCACUUUGCUUGCUAGCCCAAGCAUAUGAGGCGGCAUAUAAUCUGCUGCAGAUCUUUGCCGAACUCGAGAUGACGGUCAACAUAUUGAUACAAAUCGAUAAGUUGGUACAACUGAUUGAAUCUCCAGUCUUCACAUAUCUUCGGCUCCAACUUCUGGAGCCCGAGAAGUAUCCAUACUUGUACAAGUGCCUGUAUGGACUGUUAAUGCUUUUACCCCAGUCAUCAGCUUUUGCUGCUCUGAAGAACCGGCUGAAUAGCGUGAGCUCGAUUGGCUAUUUGCACAUCGCGCCCAGACCGUAUGUACCUUCCUCCAGCACACCAGGGUCUCACUCACGACAAGGUUCUGUCGUCGAGGCCGUCACAUCCCACCUUCAGAGUCACACUCGUUCCAAAAGCGGCCAUGACACUUAUGCUUUACUUCCUAGUUCUACCACUACCCCUAGUACUUCCAAUUAUGAUCGGCCCAACCGGCUCAAGGGCCCAGGUCGCGAGGAGAACAUCAUCCGCUGGGAUCAGCUCCUGGAAAAGUUUAGGAGCGUCCAGGAAAAAGCGAGACGAGCCCAACGUCUGGGCGGAGGUUUGGAUGAUGGACCGGACUUUGGGGACUUGCGCUUUGGAGAUAGCACACCAGGAAUGAAAGAACCACCUCGGGCUACCGCAGGGCCUCCCGUGCCUCAAAAGGAUGCGCCAUCUCAGGCACCACCCCCAGUUAAGAAAAGCUCGGGGAUUGGCAGGCAGUUUGGACGUCUUGGCGGUGCGGUCGCUGGUAGAGGCAAGCGGUCGCAGGGAUAG